AUGCAACAAUUAUUACAAAACAGGAAAAAUAAUCUAAUAACCAUAAGUAAAACUAAAAUUGAAAAUAAUUCUAUAAAUCCACCACAAACAAAACCACAACAACAACAACAACGCCAACAACAAUCGCAAACUCAAAACAAAACACCUCAAUCAUUGAUUUUAUCGUCAGUAUCACCAACAUUGACUUCUUCAAUUAAUUGCAUCAAUGAACCCAUUCAAGUAAACAAUAUUAAAUCGGAAAAUAUACCAAUUCUCAAUACAACACCACAACAGCUGCCAACAUCAUUAAUCGAUAAUAAACAUAUAAUCUUGCGCGAUCAAUCGAUAAAUGCAUUAAAUCGUAAUCUUGACGUAAAUUCGCUAUUAAUCGUUAAUAAAUCUUAUAAGAAAGAAGAAAAACGUCCUAAGUCCGUUACGGCUUCGGUAUUUAAGGCUGCGCCUAUUACAAAUUCAACAUUUAAUCAUAAACCAGUGAAUAAACAGUUGCAACACCAGCAACACCAGCAACAACAACAUCAGCAAUUUGUUGCUAAAAUAAAUCCCAAAGUGCAAGCAGCAACACCAACAAUACAACAGAAACACCAAAUACAAGAUAUGAAUAAAGGAUUUUUAUCGUUUGCUGAGGAUGCCACUGAGUUAACAAUGCUUAAAGAAGAGCCUGAUGAUUUGCAACAGCUGGCGACAUCGGGUGAUGUAGAUGCAUGCAUGCCGCUGGAUGAAACCACUCCAUUGCUAAGUGAAAUGCUCGAUGGCUUCAUAAACUCAUAUCUGUCAGAUGAUAUAAAUUCAUUGGACUCGACGACAUCCUCGACGACGGAAAACACACAAGCAACAACAACUGGCACAAUCUCAAGUAUAACAGUACAGAAUAGUAAUAAUAAUAGCAAUAACAGUAACAACGUAAGCAAUAAAGGCACAGAGAAUAUUGAUCCAUUUAUUAAUUAUCGUGAAGAAUCCAAUGAUACAAAUUGCUCACAGCAUUUACUAUCACCGAGUGUGACAUCAAAGAGUCCCGAAGCCAAUAGCUUACCGUCAUUAUGCAGUCCAACUUCCCUCAGCCAGGAGGAUGAUUUCGCAUUUAUGACAAUGAGCGGUGAAGAUGAAAUUGAUUUGACUACUCGUGCGCCAUAUAUUCCAAUGGAUGAACAAGACAAUGUUCCACUACUCACUGAUGAUCUCAUGUGGUGUAGUAACAAUGCAUUCACAGCAGACGAUUUCAAUAUAUAUAAAGAAACUGAUCCAAUGCAGCAAUUACAUAUGCAACAACAACAACAGCAGUGUGAAAGCAAUCGUAACAUUUUAGGCUACCAACAGCAUGAACUAACCCAACAACAUUUUUCCAAUUCCCUUUGUUCAUCACCGGCUUCAACUGUAUCUUCGUUAUCACCGUCACCGGUUAAUCAUCAUCAGCAUCAGCAUCAGCAGCAACAACAGCAACAGCAACAUGAUGCCGUUUCAGUUUUUGGUACUGAUUCCAGUGAAUUAGCGGCAUUGUUAUGUGGUUCGGGUAAUGGCACUCUAUCUAUAUUAAGCAAUAAUUGUGGUAGUACUGACGAUAAUGAUGGUACUAAUAUGAGUUGUAAUAUUGGCAGUAGUGGUGGUGGUGGUGGUGGUGCAAUGAAUAAUACUCGUCUAACAAUAUCACCAACGCAAACACAACCACAAGCAUUAACAACGAUCAAUGGAAAUGUCAGCGAUAAUUUUAGACUACACGAUAUACAACAAGAAUUAUUACAGGAACAACGACAACAGUUGCUUGGUUUGAGUAUUGAUUGUAAAAAGGAAAAAUAUGAAAAUACUCUAGCGCCCAGUUUAUCUGAUUCUAUAGUGGAUGCAUUUGAAAAUAUUUAUAGCAAAGAUUCUACAAAUCUUGAUUGUUGGAAUGAAUUGCUACAAAUCAACGUUAAUGAUCCGACGUCAAAUGCAUCAUCAGCCACAUGUUCGCCUGUGCAACAUCAACACUUAGAAAAUGUUUUAAAUACGCAAGAUUGCAAACCACUCUUGCACCAGCAACAACAAAAUAUUAUACUAAAUACAGUGCCAUUGAUAACAAUCCAAAGUAAUAAAAAUAUAUUUCUUAACAAUACUAGCAGCACUGAUAAAAUGUUAAUUAAUGAUGAGUUAUUGGCAAUCAAUCGGAGUAGUAGUAAAAUAUCAACAAUAACACUUUUGAAUAGUGCACCAAGAAGACCAAUGACAACAACAGCAACAAUACGUGUUGUGGAUAAUAAACUGCAGCAACAUGCUCAGCAAUUGCAACAGCAACUGCAAAGAGCACAGGCUGCGAACAAAACUACAAUAAUACAAACGAUCACACCGCAAUUACCACAACAACAACAACAGCAGCAGCAGCAGCCACAGCAGCAUGGCAAUAAGCGGCAUUUAACAAGUGCAAUAGCUACAGCUCAAAUAGAAACUAAACGUUUGAGAAGCGGUAAUGCUAAUAGUGCAAAUACAACAAUAAUUGAUUUGCAGGCAACACCACAGCUGCUGCAGCAAUUAAUGACACCAACACAGCACACGGUUACAAUAAAGGAGCAACAAAAGCAGCAACAGCAGCAACAACAAACACAACGUAGCAAAAAUGCUACACAACGUUGGUCCGGCAAUGUAGGUGAUUCGAAGCCUACGACAACUGCCAUAGUCCAACAGCAACAAUCGAAUUCUGUACUGAAGAAUCUAUUGGAUGGUUCUUCUACUAAAGUUGAACCUAUGUACAUUGACGAAAAUUCCGCAGACCAAGAAGACUUGUCACCGCUUGGUUUAUCCCCGGAGAUAAGUAAACCUUUGCACUGCGUAACUAACAUAGCAUCAAUACUACGCAAUUAUCGUCAUAAUCCAAUGAUAGGUGGACCAGGUGUGCUACCUUCGCCCAUAUUCGCACAGAACGAUGAUUCAAAUCCACCUGGCUUAACAGCCUGUGACACGGACUCCGCUAGCGAUAGUGGCAUUGAUGACGUCAGCUUUAGCGAAAGCGGGUCUCCACUAAAAAUUCAAGUAGACAAGAGUGAAGAGCAUAACACUAAUUAUGAAAAUUAUACAACUCAUCAAAUGGAUCCGAAACAAAAGGACAUGUUACUAAUGAAAUGCAUGAAAACGAAUUUAAUUAGAAGUCCAGCAGCUACACCACCACCGUACAGUGUGAAUAGUGCACCACCGCCUUUACCACCACCUCAGGCUAGUCAAAUUCUAAACGAACGUGCUAGUGCUAACAUCGAUACAAAUCUGGAUUCAGAUAUUAGUAGCUGCGUCCAAAGUCGCAAAAACUCGAUAUCCAGUCUUCUAGAUGACGCUAACAAUCCGUUAAAUACGCCGUUUUUAAUGGAGUUGGGCAACGACGAUUACAAUAUGACCACCGAGCCAUAUCUGGAGACAAAUGAUAUUGAGCAUGUACUAAACGAAUGGACGCACGAAAUGGCCUAG